GGCAGUGACGUCAAUGCCGGAAAUGACCCGGAUCGUAACUUUAACUCCUGGGUUGAUUAGUUUUCACCAGAAACAUCGAGGGCUCUCGGAAUAUGCUGUAAUAUCGACUCAGACAUGUGUGUACAUAUGUCCAUGAAGGGUACCCCACCUUGGAUGUGAGUUUGUGUCCACACCGGGAGGUCUUCCUGUUUAUCCCCCACACAGCAGAGGAGCAGGACCCGGCAGUCCCAGGUGGUUCUGGUCUACAGCGGGCUGGUGACCCUAAACCAGCGGCAGGAUGACGUGCCGUGACCGGACCCUCGAGUUCCAGUCAGCCUGUAAAUCUCUCCAGGGCAGGCCGCAGAAUGGAGUCCAGCCCAGUAAACCGGCUCUCAGCGCCCUCAGGCAGCGCAGCGACUUCACAGUUAUGGCCAAGAGAAUUGGAAAAGACUUGAGCAACACAUUUGCGAAACUGGAAAAACUCACUAUUUUGGCAAAAAGAAAAUCUCUAUUUGAUGACAAGGCAGUGGAGAUCGAGGAGCUAACAUACAUCAUUAAACAAGACAUCAACAGUCUAAACAAACAGAUAGCACAGCUGCAGGACUUGGUGAGGUCCCGCGGAGCUCCGGGUGGCCGACAUAUCCAAACCCACUCCAACACUAUAGUGGUGUCAUUACAGUUACGUCGUACUCGUAUCGGCAUGAUAUAA